UUCCGAAGCCCAGCUGGAAACUGAGCAUUACAAGGUUCCGUGACUGAGCUGCUGCACUGCUCUGUGGGGAUGAAGAACGAGGAUGAUAAGGCGAAGACUAAAGGGAAGCAGAUUCACAAGAGGAAGAAAAGCUCACUGAAGGAACCACACAUCCCUGAAAAGGGUGCGGCAACACCAGCCCCUUUAGAGGCGCCAUUAUCUGAAAGCACCGCUCGGGGCCUGCCCGCUAACUUGACUGGACCAUUGGCUGUCACGGGUGACACACACCGCUCUCCCAAGGAAGGCGCGCACAGCAUAUCACCUAUUGCGGCUGCAGGGUCGUCGCCGACGGCUCCAGCGCUGUCGUCUCCACUGUCUCCUGAUAGUCCUGGUAGUGUUUCGCCGAAGGCGGACGAAGCCGCGGGCACAACACCUGCUGCGGUUGGGGACGUAGAGUCGUCGUCGUUUUCAGCGCUGUCGUCUCCAGUGCUUCGUCCUGCUAGCGCUUCGCAGAAGUCAGACGAAAAAGGCAUCGGCAAUGCAGCCCCACCGAUGGAUCCACCGACUGAAGGACAAAGAAGAAAAUCAUCUGUUAGAUUUGGCCCUGCUAUUAUCCGCGAAAUAACCGAGAUGCACCUGACGACGAAGAUUGAGGAAAACAUGAGAGGUCACGCUUUACCUUUCGCCAUCGCCAUCUCUUUUGCGGUCAUCGUAUGCGGGGUGAUGGUGUUCCUUAUAGUACUUUUUCCGGGCAGAGACAGAGAUUUCGAACCAUGUGUCUCUCACGUGUGCCGUAGUGCUCUCAACUACCUGGACAGUGUGUCCAACAAGGACGUCAACCCGUGCGACGACUUCUACACCAACGUCUGCUUCAAGUGGACUAGGAGCAGCUCGACCUUCCUGGAAGACGUCGUCGACCAGUUCUACAACAGCUUCCACACGUCGAUGAUGCUGGAAGGCUCGGAGCUGCCCAGUCGCUACGGUGAGCACAUAAUGAAGUCUACCUACCGAGCGUGCUACCACUUCGUGACCAAGCAGGGGGACUCGAUGCGGCGGAUUUUGAAACUCGUGGAAUUUGAUAGGAACAAGAUGUCUGACAUGAAGCAACUUCUGAUUUGGCUGGCGAAGCUCUCGCUCGAGAAGGGGCUCGAGUCAAUAUUUAGGUUCACCGUCGCAAAGUGGGAGACGAAAGCCGUUUUCUGGCACCUCAUCCGCGGCAGGUCGUUAAUGCAAAGAUUCGGAGAGAAUUCCGCGGACGGAAACUUUGCGUUGUACAUCAGCGAACUUACCCGCAGCAUGAACAUUUCGUCGGAACUGGUGGAUGAGAUCGUUAAACUGGACUAUGAAAUAUACAAUGGCACGAUGGAGGACGAAGAUGAGCAGCCUGUCGGACGUCCUGUGAGUGAGCUCGCCAGAUUAAGCAGCCACGUGUCUCUAAAAGACUGGCUGCAGACGCUGAACGCUGUGCAGCGGACGUCCGCUCUGAAUAGCAAUGGGAUGUUUCUCGCCACGGGCUUCGAUGCCACGGUUAAAGCCAUUGAUGCCAUUGCUACUGGCAGGGAAGUUGUUCGUGCUCCUUACAUCUACAUCCAGGUGGCAGCUGAACUUUUGCGGUUUGACUACCAGCGACGAUUCAAGAAUUACACCGGCGUGCCGAUGUUCUGUCUAGGAGCGAGCAUGAAGCUGCUUACACAUACGUGGUCUUUCUUGGUGACUCGCUUUGUGACCCAACCACGUAAGGACAGAGAGAUGAAAGAUGUCUUCAACAGUGUCCUGGACGUGAGCAUCGAACGAAAUCGCACGGCGUGGCUGGACCGCAAGACCAGGGACCAUAUUACCGCGGUACUAGAAGACGUUGCCGUCAUGAACUUUUCGGUGGUCGAAGCUGAGAUGAAUGGCGUAGACUAUUCGAAUCGGGGCAUGUCCGCAGACUUUCUCGCAGCUUACCUGCAGCUUCUAGAACACGAGGCCUCCCUUCUUAUAGAGGUAAGCCAGGUUCCCCUGCGUCGUGACGUCGAAAUAAUAAAUGAAAUCCAGUACAACGGGAUAAUUCGUUACGUGGGAAAGAGCCCUGUGAUCGUGGUUCCAACAGCGUCCACGAGUGCACCCCUCCUUUACGGGGGAACGAUCCCUCACUACUUCAAUUUUGGAACGGUCGGAACUCUACUCGCAAAAGAGCUGUCGAGGAAGAUACGACCUUUUAGCAAUGGAAGGGCGAGUCCACUAUGGAGUCCCGGGGGGAUAACCGCUGUCAAGCCGACGCUGCGUUGUCUGCAAAAACAGGUGGGCAUUAAUGGCACGCGAUCGGACGAUUACGAAGGCUUGUUUGAAUGGAGUCGAAGCGUCUGGGUCGCGUACGACGCAAUGCUGAGGGACAUUCAGAAGAGGAUCGAAGGGGUGCAGAACGUCCACUUGCACCUUGAAGAAGCCAAGAAAACCUUCUUCAGGAGGUUCUGCUUGGUUUCCUGCGGGAAGGAUAGCCGGAGCUCAUCAGGUCUCGACUCGAACGUCAGGUGCAACAUGCCGCUGCAGAACAUGCCUGAAUUUGCGACGACAUUUGGAUGUGUUAGAGGGGAUUACAUGGCCCCUGCGACGAGAUGCUAUGUGUUAUAGACACCGAUAUAUGAUAAUACUAAUUUAUGGCUCAGGAUG